UGUCCACGCCCCCCACCGCUCAGACCGGGAGCCUGCCUCAGGCCCCUGUGCAUGCCUGUCUCUGAGUCUCUGUCUUCCCCCAGCAGUGGAAGAAGUGUGCCUCCCUCAUCAGACUGCAGACCUCUUGCAGAGGGUUUUCUCUCUCCUGCCCCCUUUCCCCCGAAGUUUCAGCCCUUGGUGCGAGGGAUCAGGGCAGAGGACCAAGGCCCUAGAUCUGAGGAGGUGGAUUCUUUACUGUCUGAGCCCCCAGAGAAGCCCUCACUGGACAGAAGAGGAAACUGAGGCUCCGAGUGGUGAAGAACGGGUCAAGGGUAAGAGAGCUGUUCCAGCGCCAAGCCUGCCCUCCGCCCUCACAGCCUGACGCAGAAGCAGGAGACGCCGGGGGCUGCAAUGCGGGGACUGGCUCUGCAGGGACUCGCCGCAGGCAUGGUGUCCACCCACCACCCUCUCUCCAGGUCCCUGAUGCUCGAAGGGCUGGGGGAUGAGGUGUGGCCAUGCGCUGCUGGCUGGCCAGCCGAGGCUGCCUAAGAGCGGAGACACAGGUUUGGGGUGUCAACAGGGCGGCCGGCAACGCUGUCACUAUACACAGGUUGGAGCAGCUGAGCAAGGUUGGGCUCCGGUCUGUGCAGAGCAGUGAGCCCCCACCCCACCCCUCACAGCACACAUGGGCUCCUAGCUUGGACUUGGUCUGACAUCUAGGGGCAGAGGGUGGCUCGGGGUCUCAGGAGUUUAAGUCACUGAAGGGCCAUCGUGAUUUUCAGAAAGGGAGCACUGUCUGGAAGAGGGCGGGAGUUGUCCCAGAUCUCUGGCCCAAAUCUUCAAAAAGUGAUAUCGGACAGAGAUCCUCUGCUCUCUGUGCCUAAACCCUUGUCCUGAAUGCUUAAGCCACAGGAGCUUCGGGACUCUGGGCAGAGGAAGAGCCACAGAAUCUGAGUUUGGGUUCAGCGUCUGCUUUGUGAUCUUAGAUGAGUGACUCACCUCUCCGAUGCUCCAUUUACUAUUUGCAAAAUGGUGCUAGUACGACUGCAUCUUUGCCAUGUGCCAGGCACUGUGCUCAACCCUCCUCCAGGUUAGUGAGUGCCCAGGAAAACCCAAGCAGGUGAGAGGUGUCAGCCCAUUUUAAAGAAUGGAGCCUCGGAGAGGCGAGGGUGCUUGCCCAGGGUCAGAGAGGCCAAGGGGCAAAGCCCAAAGUUCCACCCUGCUUUGCCUGGCUCCCAAGCCUGGAGAUCUCUCCAAGAUCCUGCCUUGAUGACCUGCCUCGCUCAGAGCUGGGGGCAGGGGGCCUACAGGCUGAAGCAGGAACAGGGAAUUGGGGCGGGGGGAGGAACUUGGACUAGAUCCUCACGUCCAGACCCCCCAGUCUGCGAAACUGCCUUUCCUACCACAGCACCUCAGGGGCAGUGGUUGUGCUUGGGGCUUCUGGGUAAAGGCCACAGACUUUAUCCCACCCCAACAGGGCACGGGAACGGGUGCAUCAAGGUCCUCCUCCCAGCAGCCCUGUGGGUCAGGGACAGCAUCACUGUUUGGGUGGGCCCUUCCACUCUCUCUUCUCUGAUCUUCCAAAUCCCUCCCGUGCCCAACUCUGAGAAUCUGCAGCCCUGACCUUCAGCCCUAGCAGAAGACCCCUACGCGACCUGUUGCAUCACGAGCGUCCCCCUCCCAGGCCCCCUGACUCUAGCCUGCAGCUCAGGUGCACCUGAGUUGCAAGCAAAGGAGUCUCUUGUCAGAGGUGCGCUGGCUGGGGUCACAGCGGAGCGGACUGACCGAGAGGCCUGAUGGAGGAGCUGGUGGGGCUUCGUGAGGGCUCCUCGGGGAGCCCUGUGACUCUCCAGGAGCUCUGGGGUCCAUGUCCCCGCAUCCGCCGAGGCAUCCGAGGUGGCCUGGGCUGGCUGAAGCAGAAGCUGUUCCGCGUGGGUGAGGACUGGUACUUCCUGACGGUCCUCGGGGUACUCAUGGCCUUGAUCAGCUUCACCAUGAGCUUCACCGUCAGGCGUGUGGUCCGAGCACACCAGUGGCUGUACCGGGAGAUUGGGGACAGCCACCUCCUCCGGUACCUCUCCUGGACUGUGUACCCCGUGGCCCUGGUCUCCUUCUCCUCAGGCUUCUCUCAGAGUAUCACGCCCUUCUCGGGAGGUUCUGGAAUUCCGGAGCUGAAGACCAUCCUGUCAGGCGUGGUCUUAGAGGACUACCUGGACAUCAAGAACUUCGGGGCUAAGGUGGUGGGCCUCACCUGUAUCCUGGCCAGCGGCAGCACCAUCUUCCUGGGCAAAGUGGGCCCCUUCGUGCACCUGUCCGUGAUGAUUGGCGCCUUCCUGGGCCGCAUGCGCACCAAGGCCACUGGGGAGUCCGAGAACAGGAGCAAGCGAAACGAAAUGCUGGUGGCCGCCGCGGCGGUGGGCGUGGCCACGGUGUUCGCAGCGCCCUUCAGCGGCGUCCUGUUCAGCAUCGAGGUCGUGUCCUCUCACUUCUCGGUCUGGGAUUACUGGAGGGGCUUCUUCGCGGCCACCUGCGGGGCCUUCAUGUUCCGCCUGCUGGCGGUCUUCAACAGCGAGCAGGAGACCAUCACCUCCCUCUACAAGACCAGUUUCCGGGUGGACAUCCCCUUCGACCUGCCAGAGAUCUUCUUUUUCGUGGCGCUGGGGGCCAUCUGUGGCGUGGCGAGCUGUGCUUACCUCUUCUGCCAGCGAAAGUUUCUCGGCUUUGUCAAGACAAAUCCAGUCCUCUCCAAACUGAUGGCCACCAGCAAGCCUCUGUAUUCAGCACUGGCGGCUUUGGUCCUCGCCUCCAUCACCUACCCCCCUGGCGCGGGCCGCUUCAUGGCUUCUCGGCUGUCCAUGAGGGAGUAUCUGGACUCCCUGCUUGACAAUAACUCGUGGGCGCUGCUGACCCGGAACAUGUCCCCACCCUGGCCCAUGGAGCCCGACCACCAGAACCUAUGGUUCGAAUGGUACCACCCACAGUUCACCAUCUUCGGGACCCUCGCUUUCUUCCUCGUUAUGAAGUUCUGGAUGCUGAUUCUGGCCACCACAAUGCCCAUACCUGCCGGGUACUUCAUGCCCAUAUUUAUCUAUGGAGCUGCCAUUGGGCGCCUCAUAGGAGAAGCCCUUUCUGUGGCCUUCCCCGAGGGCAUCAUGGCCAGAGGGGUCACCAACCCCAUCAUGCCUGGGGGGUACGCGCUGGCAGGGGCUGCAGCGUUCUCAGGGGCCGUGACCCACAGCAUCUCCACUGCGCUGCUGGCCUUCGAGAUGACCGGUCAGAUCGUGCACGCACUUCCUGUGCUAAUGGCGGUGCUGGCGGCCAACGCCAUUGCCCAGAGCUGCCAGCCCUCCUUCUACGACGGCACCAUCAUUGUCAAGAAGCUGCCAUACCUUCCGUGGAUCCGGUGCCGAAAAAUCAGCUCUCACCGGGUGUGUGUGGAGCACUUCAUGAACCGAGCCAUCACCACACUGGCCAAGGACACAUCACAGGAGGAGGUGGUCAAGGUCGUGACCUCCACAGACAUGGCUGAGUAUCCCCUGGUGGCGAGCACAGAGUCCCAGACCCUGGUGGGCACCAUCCGAAGGGCACAGCUGGUGCAGGCCCUCCAAGCUGAGCCACCCGCCUGGGCUCCAGGACAGCGGUGCUGCCUCCAGGACAUCUUGGCUGGAGGGUGCCCCGUGGAGCCAGUAACCCUGAAGCUGUCUCCGGAGACCUCCCUGCACCAGGCACACAACCUCUUCGAGCUGUUGAAUCUUCAGUCCCUCUUCGUGACGUCUCAGGGCAGAGCUGUGGGCUUCGUUUCUUGGGUGGAGUUGGAGAAAGCAAUUUCCAACCUGACAAACCCUCCAGCCCCAAAGUGAGCCAGCCUGGCAGGUUGAAACAGCCGCUCAGCUACCCCGGUGAAGGAAGCAGGGCAGAGACCCUGCCUGUCUCCCCCACGAGAACACACCCCUCCGCUCCAGCCCAGCUCAACUCCUCGGCAAAGCAGGCAGCUGACCUAGCAGUGAGGAGGACCCCACAGUCGCCAUGUCCCAUCCUCGUGGGGCAAGUGCCACAUGUCCUAAAGGAUAGAUUCCACCCUGGAAAGCUCAGAAUGUGAGACAGCAGAAAGCCGCCACGUGGUGGGUAUUGCAAGAAAGCAUCAGAUUCACAGAUGAAGAGCCUGCUGUCCUCUGUCAGCAAGGGCAGGCACAGGUGCCCUCUGGGGGCUGUGUGACUCCCAACCAGAGGCUUCCAAGGCAAAUAAAGCCGGUUCCCAGA